AUGUCGCCAAGCCAGAAGGGUCAUUUCAAGCUUCUCCAAAGAUUCAAGCCGGACUACUCACCCAGCGAGUUUGUUCAGUAUGAGUCGACGAGGACUGGCAUGAGGGUAGUGGUCAUCGACCAGAAGGGCCCCAAGGUCACUGGAUACUUCGUUUUGGCUACUGAGAUCCACGAUGACUCGGGAGCCCCGCACACAUUAGAGCACCUGUGCUUCAUGGGAUCGCGGAAUUACAGAUACAAAGGAUUCCUUGACAAGCUCGCCACACGGGUCUACUCUAGCACAAAUGCUUGGACUGCCACUGACCACACAGCGUACACGCUGGACACAGCGGGCUGGGAGGGGUUUGCUCAGAUCUUGCCUGUGUACCUAGAGCAUGUGAUUGCCCCGACGUUGACCGAUGAAGGGUGCUAUACCGAGGUCCACCACAUCGAUGGAGCUGGAAAUGAUGCGGGUGUGGUCUACUCGGAGAUGCAGGGUGUACAGAACAACUCCGCCGAGUUGAUCGACUUGACUGCUCGACGGUUGACAUACCCAGAUGGUGUAGGUUUCCGUUAUGAGACCGGUGGUAUGAUGGAGCAGCUUCGUGUUCUCACGGCGGAGCGCAUCCGAGCAUUCCAUCGGGAAAUGUAUCAGCCUAAGAACCUGUGUCUGAUCAUCACGGGUGAGGUAGAUCAUGAGAACAUGUUGAACGUUUUGGACAAGUUCGAAGAUACCAUUCUAGAUGUCAUUCCUAGCCCAGAUGCGCCUUUCACACGCCCUUGGGUGGAUUCUAAGCAGGCGCCUCCGCUGGAGAAAUCCACCGUACAGAGGGUCGAGUUCCCGGAAGAAGACGAGUCUUUUGGAGAGAUCGAGAUCAGAUUCCUCGGUCCUGAUUGCACGGACCCCGUUCAAACCGGGGCUGUCAACGUUGCCCUGCUGUAUCUGGCUGGAUCUUCUGCUUCUUUGCUGGACAACAUCUUGGUGGAGAAGGAGCAGCUCGCCAGUGCAGUGUAUUAUGCCACCGAAGAUCACCCCAGCAUCGAGAUUCGCUUUACCCUGACCAGUGUAGAAACGAAGAAGAUCGCCAAGGUGGAGCAGCGUUUCUUCGAGGUUCUCAAGGAUGCUAUGGAGAAGGAGCUCGACAUGAAGUAUCUCCGGGAAUGUAUCGACCGACAACGACGUACCUGGAAGUUCUCGACGGAAACGUCAGCUUCCUCUUUCGCUGAGUAUGUCAUCUCUGACUUCCUCUUUGGGAAACGGGACGGGUCCACCAUGCUCGACGUAUCGACCUUGAAGGAAUACGACGUAUUGGAGAAGUGGAGCGAAGGAGAAUGGCGCAGCUUCAUCAAGAGGUGGAUUUCCGAUGCCAACCAUGUUACAAUCUUGGGUGUUCCGUCCUUGAAGAUGUCCGAGACCCUCAAAAAGGAGGAAGAAGCCCGCGUCGCCGAGCAGAAGAAGCGGCUGGGCGAGGAGGGCUUGAAAAAGCUUGCGGACAAGCUCGAGAAAGCAAAGGCUGAGAAUGACAAAGAGAUUCCUAAGGAGAUGCUGGAGAACUUCCAGAUCCCUGGCGUUGAAUCUAUCCAUUUCGUCGAAACGACAACUGCCCGUUCGGGUACGGCCCUGAAACUGGGACGUCCGGAAAACAAGCCUCAAAACUUGGUGGAUGCUGAUGGUUCUGAUCUGCCAUUGUUCAUACACUUUGAGCACAUCCCAAGCAGCUUCGUUCAGCUCUCCCUUCUGAUCUCAGCGGCAGCUGUUCCGGUGCAGCUCCGGCCCCUUCUUUCCGUGUACACCGAAGCGUUCUUCAACCUGCCGAUCCAGCGUGAUGGAAAGACCAUCGACUUCGAACAGGUCGUUGUUGAGUUGGAGAGAGAUACAGUUGGUUACUCUAUGGAAGGAGCCAGGAGCUUGGGAACCUCGGAGAUGCUGCGUAUCUCUUUCCAGGUGGAGCUGGAGAAGUAUAGCACCGCAGUCGCAUGGCUUCAGGAGCUUUCUUGGAACUCGAUCUUCGAUGUUGAGAGACUGCGCGCAAUCACCAGCCGCCUCCUCUCCGAUGUUCCUGACUCCAAGCGAAGCGGCGACGACAUGCUGGCAGCUGUGCAUGUCAUGGUCCACUAUGCGGCCGAGUCCAUUGUACGCGCUCGCAGCACUUUGGUCAAGGCCCGCUAUCUGAAGCGGAUCAAGAAGCAAUUGGCUGACGAGCCGGAAUCCGUCGUUGCGCGCAUGGAGGAGAUCCGCAAGAGCCUCUUCCGGUUCGAGAACAUGCGGGUUGUGGUUAUCGCCGACCUCGAGAAACUCCAGAACCCCGUGUCGGCCUGGAAGCCGUAUGCUGAGCGGCUGGGAGCUGUUGCUCCUCUUCGACCCAUCACCGCCAGAAGGCCGUUGCUCAGCGAGGCUGGCCAGCACCUCGGCGGCAAGUCGUACGUGGUGCCCAUGCCGACGAUCGAUUCUUCCUUUGCGUACGCCACGGCGCGAGGCUUGGACUCUUACGACGACCCGAACCUGCCUGCCUUGCUGGUCGCGAUUGCGUACAUGAACGCCGUGGAGGGUCCUCUCUGGGUCGCCGUCCGCGGCAAGGGUCUGGCGUACGGUACCAACUUCGCCUACAACAUCGACACCGGAUUCGUCAAUUUCGAUGUGUACCGUUCGCCCAACGCCCACAAGGCCUUCGAUUCGAGCAAGCAGAUCGUCGAAGACCACCUUUCUGGGGCCAUCGCGUUCGACCCGCUGAUGAUGGAGGGGGCGAUCAGCAGCAUCGUGGUCAGCUUCGCCAACGAACAGGCCACGAUCGCCAACGCCGCAUCGGACAGCUUCAUCCGUCAGGUCGUCCGCCGCCUGCCCAGCGACUACAAGGAAAACAUGCUCAAGCGGGUGCGCGCCAUCAGCGUGGAGGAAGUCAAGGGUGCUCUGCGCCAGAUCAUCUUGCCCCUGUUCAACCCGACGACGGCCAACAUCGUCAUCACCUGCGCCACGGUGAUGGAGGAGACAAUCAAGGAAGGCCUACAAGCCUCCGGCUUCACGCCCAAGGUGCAAGCUCUUAAGGAGUUCGAAGACGACUACGGUCUGAAGACCGGUAACGACAACGAUGACGAGGAGGAGUCGGAUGACGAGGACGAGGAGGACGAGGACGACUCAGAAACCGGAUCCGAAGACGAGGAGGACUCCGACGAUGACUCCGACGAGGAAGACGAGUGA